UGGUAGUCGAAUACAGUCAAUGGCCAAUGGGGAUGUAGCUCUCUAGUAGGUUCUUUAGUACGUGUGAUUGUGAUUUGUGCAUGAUUUUCUAGACACGAGAAGUUUAAAAAGGAUGUCCGAUAUAAACAGGCUUGUCUAUGCUAUUCUAGAAUUUCUGAAUCAGCAGGUCGAAAGUGGAGCCCUCAACGAAGAUGCAACAGAAAGUGUGGAAGUUUCUAUGCAGUGCCUUGAGAGUGCCUAUGGUGUAAGCAUUUCUGAUGAUGUCAUUCAGUCUCAACUUAGUACGGGAAAGUCACUCCUAGAUAUAUUUACAUCAGCUACUGGGCUCUCUGCUAAUUCAAACUCCUCUGCUGAUAAGGCAUCUGGAGGGUGUUCAAUAGCAGCAGCAGCAGGUUUAGCUGUCAUCUCAGAGGAGGACAAAGCAAAAGCAGAACAACUUAAGGGGGAAGGAAAUGAAUUUAUGAAAGGAGAAAAAUAUGAAGAUGCAGUUAAUUGCUACAGCAAAGCAAUCAGCAUUGAUAAUAACAAUGCUGUCUUUUAUUGUAAUCGGGCAGCUGCCUACCACAAGCUUAACAAACAUCAGCAAGCAAUUGAUGAUGGAAACAGAGCAAUUACUAUAGAUCCAAAAUAUAGCAAAGCUUAUGGAAGAUUAGGAUUAUCAUACAGCUGUUUGAAUGACCAUAAAAAUGCAAAGGAGUCAUUCUCAAAAGCUUUGGAAUUAGACCCAACGAAUGAAGGCCACCGUGCAAAUCUUAACAUAGCUGAGCAAAAAAUGCAGGAAUCUAGUAUGGGGGUACCUCCUACUGGAUUUGGAGGACAACCUAGCUUUGGUGGUAUGGACUUAGGAUCUGUUUUAAAUAACCCAAUGUUAAUGAAUAUGGCAUCACAAAUGAUGGCUAACCCACAGAUGCAGCAAAUGAUGCAGGGAUUACUAGGUCAAGGAAUGGCUGGUGGGUUUGGAGGACCUGGUGGGGCCCCUGCCACCACCCAGCCUACUACAGAGCCAACACCACCAACUAACCAAGCGGCAGACAGUAGUCCAGCAGCACAACCUGACGGCAUAUCAAAUCUACUAAGAGCAGGGCAGCAGUUAGCACAACAAGUCCAGCAGCAAAAUCCUGAAUUAGUUGAACAGUUAAAACAGCAAUUCCAACAGAUGCCAGGCGGAGACGAUCAACAGCCUCCCCCAGAAGGAGGUGCUGGGGGUGUUUGAAAAAAAAAAGGUUUUAACAUGCGAGUAAACAAUUUUCACAAGACAAGGAAAUGAAUGAUGGCAUUAGCUAACCUUCAAAUUAGUUAAAUCAUUAAUCAUUGAAAUAUAUAUUAAAAUACAGUAGGUUGGUUGAGAUACAAAUUAUACUUUUAUUUUUUAUUUACCAAAUAUAUAUUUUAAUUUUCUACUGUGGAUGUUGUCAAUUUUUUGUAAUGAAAUGGUUUCAUUUUUUUUCCUAUUAAUCAAAUGAAGAAGUUAUAUUGAGUUGCUGCCAUAUCCACUGAUAUGAGUUUUUUUAAUGACUAACUUUGAUACAAUAAUUGUACUGUUAAAAUUAUAUUGUACUGUUACAUAUAUAUUUUCGAUUGGAACACUUUUUACAAAUGUCCUUCGUAUCACAGAGGAAAUAACUAAUCCCUAACCUGUUGUUUUAACCAGAUGUUAAAAUGAACACUGAAAAUGAAAAGAUAAAUCAGUUUGUAACUUUGUUCAGAAAAUUUCUCCAUUCUAUCACAUACUGACCAGGGGUCAUAAUAAGUCCCCUGCAAGUCACUGGCCUGGAAAUUGAGACAUUCUUCUGCACCAGUGGCUGCUCUAGGAUAUAUUUUCUGAGGCGUGGGGGAGGGGGGUUCUGAGCUGUCCAACAAGGGGACUUGGGCUGGUAGGCCCGAGCUCGGGAAAGGGUUUGAGAGGGUGUUCCCUUUCCCAAAUGAGAUUUUUUUAAGAAUAGGAACCUCUGGAUGGUCAGAAAUGACACUCUCUGAUUGUGACAGACUUGUAUUAGCUUGGCAAGGGCCUAUUUUUAUAUAUUUUUUAAUCCGACUGCCCGACAAGCUCUGUCCAAUGAUGGGCUUGACCUGUCCGGUGGAGGGGGGGGGGAAGGGGAUUAAGCAUUUAACUAGAUCUCCCGGAAGUGACUUUUUUUAACUUGGGACCCCUGUACUGACAACAUCCAGAUGUACAACAUUCCACACUCAAUCCAUCGCUAUUGUGUCUUUCUUCCUACAUAACAGCUACAAAUUAUAAUUCCAGUACCAGAGUCACAUAAUCCAUUUUAUGUAUAUCUUCUUCAUCACUACAGUUUUAUUUUGUAAAGUGCAAGGCGGCACUUGUAUUCUGUUGUGGCUCCACCAUGGGGGAGAGAAUUGUAUACCCCUGUGUCUGUCUCCACUUGCAUUUGUUGGACUAAAUAUAUUCGGCUUGCCAUCUCAAAACCAGCGUAAAGGUAUUCCGAGUAAUUAGCUUAAGAAUGUGGCAGUGUUGUAUACUGUAGUACAGAGAAGCUGUAAUACUGUUAUUUAUAACAUUAGCAAUAAUGAGUUAAUUUCAGUAAAUGACCUCAUUUUAAAGCUUAUAAUAUCAUAAUGUGGAGAAUAUGAAAAUAUUAAAAAGUCAUUAUUCUUGUUUAGGUCGCUGAUACUGUUUUUGGCAUGACAAGCCCAAUAUUCUUACUGUCGACCCUAAAUUUGAGCUGGUAAUCAAGGGAUUUUUGUAGAAGUCUGUAAAUCAUUGAAAACUUUAUCUUAAUGCAGUUGAGUUGAUUUGUUUAUUUUGGUAAUUUAAAAUGAUGUUUCAAUGUUCAGAUUUAUAAGAUCGUAUUUCUGAUUUCAGGAGGUGUUAAAAAAUGCUUAUUUGAGGCAUGCCAUCCCAAAACCAGCGUACUCUCACUAUGUGUGAAACUGAGUAAUUAACAGCAGAAUUAGCAUACUAUGUUGGUUAUGGUUGGGUUGUAAGUGAGGGAAAUUUUCAUUAUAGUGAAGGUAGAUAGCGCUUUGUAAAUGCAAGGAAUAAGCACUUUGAAGUAACAAGUAUUGUGUACAAAGAAGCUAUAAUAGUUUUACUCAUAAUUUUGGAAAUAGUUGAUUCCCGUAAAUGACCCAUCAUUUUAAAGCUUAUAACGUAGAGAAUAUGAAUAAAUUGGAAAGCCAAUUCCUGCCAGAUUUUAGGGCCAAUAUAUUUGUUGAAGUACUUGCUUAUUGCUAAGUCCAUGGUGCUAAGUGUUUAAAAUGGAAACUGUGGAAGAAAAAGAGGGUACGAGUCCUGGAGAAGUGUGCUUCUGCAGCGCACUCGCUUCCUUGGUUAUUGUUCAUCAAAUGUUCCUCAAAGCCAAGUCAUUCAUAUGUUCUAAACAUCCAAGUAAAUUGCAUCUUUUCAAGCUCUUUAUUAAUAUCCACAGUGGAUUCUCUUUUUUUUCAGUAAUGUCAAAUAUACAUUUUUCGAUGUUUGUCAACACUUUAGUAUACUUGCUAUAUUAUACAGUGAAACACCAAACCACACAAUUUAUGUAAUUUCUAGGAUUUGAGUCUGUCCAUAGACAUAUUUUGGAGAAAACAAUGUACAGUAAUUAGAAGAUACAACUAGUAGCCAAAUUUACUGUAUGCAUUUAACAAAAUGACGAUUCAGGAAGACUGCAAGUAUUGAAAUUGUCAACUUAAACCUCAUUGUGAUAUCAGGAAGGUAGACUCAAUUGUAAAACAGAUAACCAGUAACUUUUUAUAGUUUAAAUUUAGCAUAUAAAAUUGAGUUGACUAAAAGACAAUAAUUAAAAACACCAGCUGAUAA